CAUGCACAAGCAGGGGAGGAGGCAAAGGGAGGAAAAGAGAGAAUCCCAAGCAGCCUCCAUGCUCAGCAUGGACCCUGAUGUGGGGCUCAGUCCCAUGACCCUGGGAUUGACCUGAGCAGAAAUCAAGAGUCAGACACUCAAGUGACUGAGCCACCCAGGUGCCCCGUAUUGAUAUCUCUAAAGAGAAUAUAUGAGAGUGAAAUGGCUUUAUCCAUAAAAGUUUCUUGCAAGUACUGAAUUGUGAUUUAAUAGCUGGAGAGAGAAAAGGCAGAAAGGCAUUUCAGACAUGGCAAGUGUUAAAAGCAUCAAACAUCGAGGUGUGGUUGAUCAAGCAAAACUGUUUGUCUUUUCCUUUGGCCAAAUGAUUGGGGAAACACUGGAGUGUCACAGGAGGUGAGAAUAAUAAGGAACGUGGCCGUAGACUGAGGAGUUAAGAUAAAUUCUCUAGAGCAUUAUCUGUUCCUCGUAUCCCACUCAUGAUCAUUAGCUGAGAACACUGAGACCAUUUUAGAUGGCAUUCUAACCCAUCUCAUGGUUACAUUUAAAUUGUGGAGUUGGUUGUAAACACCAUUUUUAGAAUGAUUUUUCUGUCUUGUGUAAAAAUCAUAUUGGACAUGGCUACAUGCUUAUUUUUGUAAUCCCUUUUGGGAGUCACUGUGAUGUAAUAGAAAAGGAGCCAGGAAACCCGGGGUCUGGCACCACUCCACCAUCUGUUAGCUCUGUGACCUUAGGCCACUCGCUUCACCUCUCUGAGUCUUAGUCCUCACUUAUAAAAUGGCAGACCGGACCUUUACAUGUUAUACUUUCUUUGCUUUCUUUUCAUUAAUUUUCUUCUUAUUGUUAUGAAACGGAUCUGAUCUCCUUAACGGAGGGUUGGGAGCUGAAAGCCCCACCUGCCUACCCAUCCGCACUUUUCCAGAGUUCUUCCCAAGAGUCCUAAGACUCAGAAGAACACAAGUGGAGAAUCCCUGGACCACAUCCCUAAGAUAGCAGACCCUACACUGGCUGAGAUGGGGAAGAACUUGAAGGAGGCCAUGAAGAUGUUGGAACACAGUCAGAGAAGAACAGAGGAGGAAAAUGGGAAGAAGCUGGUAUCAGGAGAUAUUCCGGGGCCGCUCCAAGGCAGUGGACAAGAUAUGGUGAGCAUCCUCCAGCUAGUUCAGAAUCUGAUGCACGGAGAGGAAGAGGAGGAGUCCCAGAGCCCCCGAAUCCAGAAUAUUGGAGAACAAGGUCAUAUAGCUUUGUUGGGGCAUAGUCUGGGAGCUUAUAUUUCAACUCUGGACAAAGAGAAGCUCAGAAAACUCACAACUAGGAUACUAUCAGACACUACUUUGUGGCUGUGCAGGAUUUUCAGGUAUGAAAACGGCUGCGCUUAUUUCCACGAAGAGGAAAGAGAAGGACUGGCAAAGAUCUGUAGGCUUGCUCUUCACUCUUGUUACGAAGACUUCGUAGUGGACGGCUUCAACGUGCUGUAUAACAAGAAGCCUGUUAUAUACCUUAGUGCUGCUGCUAGGCCUGGCCUGGGCCAGUACCUUUGUAAUCAGCUCGGCUUGCCCUUCCCCUGCCUGUGCCGCGUGCCCUGUAACACUAUGUUUGGAUCCCAGCACCAGAUGGAUGUUGCCUUCUUGGAGAAACUGAUUAAAGAGGAUCUAGAACGAGGAAAACUGCCCCUUUUGCUUGUAGCGAAUGCCGGAACCGCGGCAGUAGGGCACACAGAUAAGAUUGGGCGUUUGAAAGAACUCUGCGAGCAGUAUGGCAUAUGGCUGCACGUGGAGGGUGUGAAUCUGGCAACAUUGGCCCUAGGUUAUGUCUCCUCGUCAGUGUUGGCUGCAACCAAGUGUGACAGCAUGACAUUGACUCCGGGCCCGUGGCUGGGUUUGCCGGCCGUCCCUGCAGUCACCCUUUAUAAACACGACGAUCCUGCCUUGACUUUAGUUGCCGGUCUUACAUCAAACAAGCCAGCAGAUAAGCUCCGUGCCCUGCCGCUGUGGUUGUCUUUACAGUACUUGGGGCUUGAUGGGAUUGUGGAGAGGAUUAAGCACGCCUGCCAGCUGAGUCAACGGUUACAAGAGAGUUUGAAGAAAGUGAACCACAUCAAAAUCUUGGUGGAAGAUGAGCUCAGCUCUCCAGUAGUGGUGUUCAGAUUUUUCCAGGAAUUACCAGGCUCAGAUCCAGUGCCGACAGCUGUCCCGGUGCCUAACAUGGCACCUUCAACGGUCGGCCGGGAGAGACAUUCCUGUGAUGCCCUGAACCGCUGGCUGGGAGAGCAGCUGAAGCAGCUGGUGCCUGCAAGCGGCCUCACCGUCAUGGACCUGGAAGUGGAGGGUGUGUGCAUUCGGUUCAGCCCCUUGACGACAGCAGCAGUUUUAGGAACUCGGGGAGAGGACGUGGAUCAGCUGGUAGCCUGCAUCCAGAGCAAGCUGCCGGUCCUGACCUGCACGCUGCAGCUGCGGGAGGAGUUCAAACAGGAGGUGACAGGGACUGCGGGCCUCUUAUACGUCGAUGACCCCAACUGGCCCGGCAUAGGGGUUGUCAGGUAUGAACAUGCUAAUGAUGAUAAGAGCAGUUUGAAAUUAGAUCCGGAAGGGGAAAAAAUCCAUGCUGGACUCCUGAAAAAGUUAAAUGAACUGGAAUCCGACCUUACAUUUAAAAUGGGCCCGGAGUACAAAAGCAUGAAGAGCUGUAUUUACGUUGGGAUGGCAAGCGACGACGUGGACAUUUCUGAACUGGUGGAGACCAUUGCGGUCACAGCCCGAGAAAUCGAGGAAAACUCAAGGCUUCUGGAAAACAUGACGGAGGUGGUUCGGAAAGGGAUUCAGGAAGCUCAGGUUCAGCUGCAGAAGGCGAACGAGGAGCGGCUGCUGGAAGAGGGGGUGCUGCGGCAGAUCCCUGUCGUGGGAUCCGUACUCAAUUGGUUUUCUCCGGUACAAGCUUCACAGAAGGGGAGAACCUUCAACUUAACGGCAGGCUCCCUGGAGUCCACGGAACACACGUACGUCUACAAGGCGCAAGGCGCGGGGGUCACGCCACCGCAGACGCCCUCGGGCACUCGCGCCAAGCAGAGACUUCCAGGCCAGAAGCCUUUUAAGAGGUCUCUGAGAGGUUCCGAUGCUCUGAGCGAGACCAGCUCAGUCAGUCACGUUGAAGACUUAGAAAAGCUGGAGCAUCUGUCCGGGGCGCCGGAGCCAGAUGGCCUGGAGCCUAGCGGCCCCGAGCCACACCCCGGGGCUCCCCCUCCGCAGGAGGCUGAGCGGACGGGGGCCUUCCAGAAUGGGGCCCAGCGCCCGGAAGAUGACCAUCCACAGGUAGAAGAACCGGAGAGCUUAAGAUAAAAUCCAGUGUUUGCUUUGAGACUGUACCGGGUGUUGUUUCAGGGAAGAUGAAGCUGUACUGAAAACGUGAGCCGUGCCACAGCUAACGCAAGAGAAAUGACUGUUGUUUGUCCUUCGCUGGGAUUUUUGCACAAAUUUGUGCCUGAAAGCCAGGCUUUUUAGACGGGCAGUUGAUUGGUCUCAUUGGAUGGGUCUGUAGCAUGACAGCUGGGGUUCCUGCCCACGUCCUUGUAGGUGGUACCAUUUCUCCCCCACGUUCCCAUAAACACUCGUUGUUCACAAAGAACACUUAGAAUUCCAAGUGCCCGCCACUUGAAAUGCUUGCGCUUAUUUUUCUAAAACCUAAGCGUAAGCCGUGACGAGGUUACAUACAACUUUUCGUUAAGUCAGCUCUAGAACCUUCCGGGUCCUCUGUUGUGCUGCUGCACCAGAGAGGCAGCGCAGUCUCCGCCAUCUGUUUGGGUCAGCGUUCAGUGUGGGCAGGCCGCGGGGUACGGCGGGCUCGGCGCGAUGCCGACCUGAGCCCGAGCUGCUCCCGCCGCCCCUGCCGCUGCUUCCGAGGUGUAGACAGGAGCGUGCACUCUGGCUGGGGCAGGGCCGUGGGCAAGCCACUUCCCUCUGCCCUGAGUCCAUUCCUCCCUUUAUAUACUAUUUGUAGACAAAUUAAAGGAUUAUCUAUUAAGAGUAACUGUAAAACUCUUGGCCAUAUAUAUGUAUAUUUUUAAAUACUGGUAAAGCUUUUAAAUUGGCACACAGAUACACACUGUGCUCGUUUCUAUGUUUAAUAUCUGAAAAGCCGACAGACGCGAGUCUUGACCUGAUACUAACUCUGCUGUGGAGCACCCAGUUAUGUUUCAACCCUAAAAUAAGUAUACCUUUGACCUGUUUUACAUGGCAGUGUGUGUGGCUUCUCCCCACGAGCAGCUCACCCCUUUGGGCCCAACUCAGAGACGACCUGGGCCCUCGGUCUGGUGAAGCCAGACCACUGCUGAGAUACUGGAAGCGAGUGCUUAAUUACUGCCUCUUUCUACUUUUCCAGAAGUCCUGCACCUCUUCGUUUUCAUAGGUAAAGGUCCCUGAGCCUUUAGUCCAGCAAAGUCAAGCUUUGGGACGCCUCAAGACGGUGGGGGUUCACACUGGGCUGGGGACUGUUGUGUUGGAAGCCUUAGGUACACCACAUUAAGCCUAUAAUUAGACACCGAUUUGAUGUGAUUUCUGACUUUUGGCACUUGUCAAAAUGCAACUUUUUUUUCGGUGCAGAUGAUUAAAAGUCUUCCCUGUUUAUUUGGUGCAAUGAAGUAUAGCAGAUAAAAUGGGGAAAGGGGACAUUAUCACCUUUAACAAGAUUAAUUUUUCAAUGUUUUUAUAUAUAUUUGGAAUUGCUAAAUUGGUUUUGCUGAAACAGAAUUUCACCCUUAAGAUACUAUUUGAAUGUUGGUUUCAAUAAAGGUUCUUGAAAUUGUUAA